AUGAAGCUCUCAUCAGGUCUCGCGACACUGUCUCUAUUUCUUGACUUUACGAGCGCUGGUAAAAUUCGCUUUGGGUGUUCUCAGCUCGCCUAUGGCGCAUUUGACCCUCUCAUCUUCCCUGGGCAGACCACGGCCGGGCAUCUGCAUCAGUUCAACGGAGGCAACGGCCUGAACUACACCCUUGACAAGGCGGACGUCGCUCCCGAGUCUACCUGCACGACAUGCACGUUCGCCGAGAACUUCUCCAACUACUGGACCGCGACGCUGUUCUUCAAGGCCCGCAACGGCACGUUCCACCGGGUCGAGCAGAUCCCCAACAGCGGGUUCGAACAGGGCACCGGCGGUGUGACGGUCUACUACGCCUACCCGGACGACGGGCGCAAGGUCACGAGCUUCCCGCCCGGGUUCCGCAUGCUGGUCGGAAACCCUAACGCCCGCUCGUCGAAGGAUCGGGCAAAGUCUGGCACGUUGACCUACUCCUGCCUGACGUCGCUCACCAGCAGGCCGAUCGGCAAGAGCUCGAUGCCGACUGAGCCAUGCGCCGGCGGCAUCAUGGCCAACAUCCGGUUCCCGCAGUGCUGGAACGGCAAGGACCUCGACUCGGACGACCACAGGAGCCACGUGGCAUCUGCCGACGCCAAGGUCGAGAGCGGCGGCGUGUGCCCUUCCGACUUCCCGGUGCUGCUCCCGGAGAUCUACAUGGAGGUCGUCUGGGAUACUACGCCGUUCAAUGACCCUUCUAUCUGGCCGGAAGAUGGAUCUCAGCCGUUCGUCUGGAGCCAGGGCGACCUCACCGGGUUCGGGGCCCACGCUGAUUACAUCUUCGGCUGGGAGGGGGACAAGUUGCAGCAGGCCAUGGACAACAAGUGUGAAAACAUGAAGUGUGACGCGCUGAAGACCCAGAGCAUCGCGGAUGGCAAGGCCUGUGCCAAUACGCUUUCCCCUGCGCCGGCGGAGCAGCUCGAUGGGUGGUUGGAGACCUUGCCCAACAACAUCGUGGUCAAUUAA